AUGACACAAAAAACAAAUAAUGAUGAAGAUUUUCACCCAGCAAUAGACGCCUCAAAUGAUCCAACAAGUCAAACUACUAUUGAUGCAUCAACUAUCAUUCGUGAAUUGACCGAGACAAUUAUUGACCAUGAACGCAAACAGAUUCAAUUGGCAUUUUCAACACUGACAGAAACAAUAGAAAUUUUGAAUGAAGCAAUGAAUCCAACUCCAUCAACGCCUAGUACCAUCGAUUUAUGUACACCAUGUCGUUGA